AUGAAGGGAAGAAGUGCGAUUCGGGGAUGCAGUCAAUUGGAAUUGAAGACGAAGAGGAAGAAUGAGACGGAGGUGUGUGGGUUAUGGUCGGUGCCACAUGAUGUGUUUGUGGACUGCCUGUCUCAGUUGUCGAGAUUGGACCUCGUGGCCUUAGCGAUGGUCUCCAAGAGGUACCGGGGUGCCGCAAAGUCGCAUGGUCUCAGGAUCUUGAGGUCUAGGAGGGGUUGCAUUCACCCAAAUAUGUACGUAUAUAUGCACAUGUAUCCAGAUCCAAGCCCACGGUGGUUCGUCCUCCACCCCGUGCAACGUCGGCUGAAACGGCUCAAUGUGGACUACUCGUAUCCGGCCCCGGUAGCAGGGUCCUGUUUCGUGCAGGAUGAAUGGGGGAUCUAUAUAAUCGGUGGACUCAUCGACGGCAAACCCACAUCGGAAGUCACGUUUUUUGAUUGUACCGAUCACACAGUGUGCCGAGCAAAGCCCAUGAAGAUGGCUCGAAGCGGAGCAUCGGCAAGCUUGAUAGACAAGAAGAAGAUAUACGUGUUUGGAGGGUGCUUGGACGCUGCUGAUUCCUCCAAGUGGGCAGAGGUGUAUGAUCUCGAAACCGAAACUUGGGAGUUCGUGUCUGUGGUUACGCCCAAGAUGCCCCUCAAAAUCCAACAAAGUGUGGUGAUGGACGACAUGAAGCAUGUUUACGCGGUGGAUGAGGAUGGUCAAAUCUUUAAUUUCUCAAGCACUGAAUGCAAGUUUGAGGCAGAGGACGGAAGAACGGAGUCUAACCCAGAAAACAGAAACGAUUGGCUUAAAGCUGAUCAUCAAGCAUUGUUCUGCCGUGGUACCGGCGGGAGAAUACUGUGGCGUUUUCCAUUUCAGUCGGAUUGGCAGGAAGUCAAGGGUUUGGAAGAGCUGCAGCAGCGACACUCUGGUUUUGAUAUCAUCAAAUUCUGCUUCUACGAUCAUGAGAGGAUGGCCAUCUUCUGGGAAGCCCGGCCUCAAUGUCCUGAUCAGAAUUUGGAGCUUUGGUAUGCCGAGUUUUUCAUUACGAAAUCAAAGAAUAAGGAGAAUAAUUUAUGGGAGCUUUUCGCCAACAUUAAGUGGUCCGGUGCUGUCCUCUCCUCAGACUCACCAUCAUCUACUGUCCCCCUUAACUUGUUAUAUGCUGUUUCUCAUUAUGUCUGA